AUGGCGUUCAGUAGCGAUGCUGGUAAGCUGCCAAAAGUGCGGCCUCGAGAAGGUCUACAGCUUCGGCCUUUGAAUGUCGAGAAAGGGUCCAAAAGAUACUCUUCCGCAGAUGAUACCUUCCCUCCUCAGACCGCCACUUGGAGGAAUAACUUGAUGGCGCUUUCCCAGCGCCGAAACUUAUUGUUCGUCGCUUACAGUCACCAAAUCUAUGUCUGGGAGCCAUCAGGGUCGUUUCAGACGCUGGGAAACAAGCCCGAGAUGAUAAUAACCCCCGUAAUGAAGGUUCCCCAUGCUAGCGGCUAUAUUGCACCAGCUUCGCCACACGCGAUCAACAACCUCCUUGUGGAUGAUCUAGGUCGAGAUGAAGUCCUAUUACUUGUUACUGAUUCCGGCAACGUUUGUGGGUAUCGAGUCGAGGCCAUCUUCUCUGCCUUGAAGCGAGCGGCAGAGAAUAAGGAAGAGCGCCCCCUCGAUGGAUCCCAGGUGGAUCCAUUCUUUGUGGAAUUUGUUCAAGCUAGUGCCUGGGGCCUGGCUAUCCAUAAAUUCGCCCGCCUCAUUGCAGUGAGCGCGAAUACGGGCCUCAUAACCGUUUUUGCCUUUGCACUCGUGAACCCCACUUCGGAAAGCAGUAGCUCGAGCUAUCACCCAGAAGACGAUGAUGAUAUGAUCGAUUACGGCCAAACCUGGCUGGAGGUCAGGACCAAGGACCAGUUCAAUCAGCUGCGACAUCUGAUGCCGGACAGACACCGCACACGAAAUGUUAAGCUGACUUAUACUGGUCAUUACGCUAAUAUCCCUUCCGUUGGUUUCUUGAAUUGCGAUCUCGAUCCUAACGGCAAUUGGAUGGUCAGCACAGACAUCGAUAAUAGGCUCCUUGUAUGGCGGGUAUGGGAUAGUCUUGGCCCUUUCAACGUAAAUCACUUCAAUGAUGUCUCUUUCAAGUUCUUCCCGGAGACCCUACGUAACGAUGAACGUGGCUGGUCUGUGAUUGCCCUCGACCCGCGGACCUUCCAUCGUGUUAAGUCUACUGAAGAAGCUUGUGGCGGCCCACCCAAUCGCCGGGUAAAGGGCGGCCGGACUGUUUACGACCUAACGAGAGCGAACAGUCGGAUACCGAACGCUUCACAGAUAUACAACUUCUUCCCACCUGCAGUGAAGAUCGAGUCAGAGGAACCUGUUUUGCCCGACAUAUUUGGAGCCGACUGUUGCAUUAGCAGACGAAACGGCCCAUCCCAGGCCGCUUUUGCUGACGGCUCAUCAGCGGCACUUCGUCGGAAUCCAAGCGAUGGCGCAUUGGCAGAGUUUCUUGAUGCCAACGGAUCGUCCACGAUCACGGGAAAUGUUCGUCCUUUCGACUUUGCUGAUACGUUCAGCCACCGAGCCGUCAACGGGUCUGUAUAUGGCGACAACUUGAGCCGCGACGGCUCUGAUGUGGAUGUGGGAGCGCAUAAUGCAGCAGGUAAUGGCCAUUACCAGCCACUAGACCGCACAGUUCAAAGAAUUGACGCUCUUCAUCCAGGCCCUGGCCCCUUGACCACACCAGAAUUCCUUCAAUUCGCACUUCUUGAGGCUCUUGGUGGCGAAGCACCCGGUACCGAAUUCUAUGAGGACGAAAUAGAUUAUUACCUGGCUGGAGGCACUUACAGUUCCGAUCAUGAGCUGGAUAAUGCCGACAGUAGUUCCUCCUAUAAUAGCGAUAUGUCAGCAGCUGGGCCUGUUUCAUACCCAUUACUUGACGGUUCCCGAUUUCCCAUCCUACACUUCUCACAAACAGACAUCCGUUUGAUACCCCAUCCAUUCGCGAAUUACGCCACAGUCGUCUGCGGCGACCCUUUACGACAACCCCUUACCCACCCCAUUGUCUCCAUCCGAGCCUGCGAUCGCUUCAACAUGGUUAAAUAUGUCCCAGAACAUGGCAUCGUGAUUGCCGCCUCCCAAAAAGGCCGCGCAGCCGUUAUAGCCCUCACGGAAUCUGAAGCAACCGGCCUAUCAUUCCGAGUUGAUUGGAUUGUACCGUUCGAGAGUCAAGAAAAAUACGGCGACCGUCCUCUCGUCCCCAUCUUGGGAAUGAGCGUCAGUCCCAUCCAAGGUUUCGAGAUCCCGCCGGACGUGCCUUAUAUUCCCCGCGACGUCAAGCCCGACGACCUCGCUUUCCAAUUCAAGUACCUGAGUCAUGACGAACCCAACUCCUCUCUAUCAAGCAGCGUCAUGCUGCAACAGAGUUCCUUCAAUGAAGAGAUCAACGAUUCAGAAAUCGAUCCCAGUGAAACUACCACUGCCGAUGACGACAGCCCCCAACCACCCCCGCUCAGCUUGCCAGAAUGCCACGCCCGCGCAAGCAGUGCCUAUCAGCCCGAGGAGAGUUGGCGCGGCUGGAACCCAUCGCGCCAUUACCGGCUAAUGCUCAUGUACGCGGACCAUACCAUCAUGAGUUAUGAGUUCUGGUACAAGUGGAAUACUACGGAUGCCGGUCCAAAUGGCCAGGAUCUCGACGAGGAAGAUGAUAUCCUCCUUGUAUAG